AAGCGAGCUGGUACUCACUAGUCAUCUCUAGGCUUGAAGCCUCAUUGUCAGCACCCUUUGUAUUGUUACAUGAAAGUAGCGCGUUUAGCCCUGCUGAGGGUAGCCUUUUGUCUUUUCAAUGGCAGUGCCCGUGUGAGUUCGUUGCAGUCGAAGACUCCGAGUACGUAUUGUCCGUUGUCAAGGCCAGCGCUCAAAACGUCCUCGCGUCGUGACGUAUUCCACCAAACGUCUGCCGCUUUUUUCAGUCUUGGCGUCACAAUACCAAUGGCGACCACAACCGCAUCCGCGGAGCAAGUACAACAAGAGUUCCCUACUUCAGCUGGUCGCCGUGGAUGUUCGACCGUAUCGGAUCCGGGCAAGACGGUAGUGACUUGCACGGGCGAGCUGCUGGCCAACAAUAAGGAGAAUAGAUUGUCCAGUAUCCCUGCUACUCAGAAUGGUGUUUCCACGUCAGCCGUCAAGAAUCCUUCCCGAUUCUCGCCACCCUGGUCAUACCUUACGGAAACGUCUGACGGAGCCAAGGCAUGGCAAUCGUUGCAGACUGCCGUACUUCAGGUCGAUUCCAACGUAAAAGUGCUUAACGUCACCGACACGUAUCUACACGCGACUGUCCCGACGGCGCAACCGCCAGGAUUGUCUGGAGAAGCGGGCUUGGACGACUUGGAAUUCGUUUUGCGGCCCGAGGAUAAGGUUAUCCUGUACCGGUCAGCCUCGCGGACGGCCAUUUUUGUCUAUCCGCUUACCCAGCCCGUUUCGGACGGCAAUACCAAUCUUAAACGACUCCAAAAGAUUCGAAACAUACUGGGAUGGGACGAAAUGGGCUACGCUCAGACCGGAUCGAAUCGAUUGUGA